AUUAUCACUUUAAAUCUAAGAAAAAAAAAACAGAGUUCUGAAUUCCGACGACGAAAACUGAAAUUCACAGAGAAAAAGAGUGAAAAUCGUUUGAGAGAGAGAGAUCAAGAUGGAUUCCGAGAUAUCGUCAUCUUCCUCUGUGAUCGAGCACAAGGCUUAUGCUCGCGUGGGACUGCUGGGAAAUCCGAGCGACGUUUACUAUGGUCGCACCAUUUCUUUUGCUUUAGGCGAUUUCUGGGCCACCGUUCGACUCCAGCCCUCCGACGAGCUUGUCAUCACUCCCCAUCCCUAUGACGACAACAUCCACUUCACAUCCCUCGUUCACCUGGUAAAUCGACUGUCCAGUCAUGGCUACUAUGGCGGGGUGCGAUUGCUCAUGGCAGUUUGUAAAAUUUUUUAUAGUUAUUGCAGCGAAAACGAGAUUCAUCUUCAUACAGGGAAUUUUACUCUGUCGUAUGACACUAAUAUUCCUCGACAGACAGGACUUUCAGGUUCCAGUGCUAUUGUAUGUGCUGCCUUGAGUUGCCUGCUAGACUUCUUUGACGUCAGGCAUCUGAUUAAAGUGGAGGUCAGACCUAACCUUGUUCUCGCCGCAGAGAAAGAACUUGGCAUCAUUGCCGGUCUUCAAGAUCGGGUCGCGCAGGUUUAUGGUGGCCUUGUUUACAUGGAUUUUAGCCAAGAGCACAUGGAGAAGCUUGGACAUGGCAUAUACACACCCAUGGAUAUUAAUCUUCUCCCUCCACUCUAUCUAAUCUAUGCUAAUAAUCCAAGUGAUUCUGGAAAGGUCCACAGUACAGUACGGCAGAGGUGGCUUGAUGGUGACAAAUUCAUUAUAUCAUCAAUGCAAGAAGUUGCUAAGGUUGCAGAAGAAGGAAGGAAAGUUUUACUUGAGAAGGACUAUUCAAAACUUGCAGCACUUAUGAACCGCAAUUUUGAUCUUCGCAGGAGUAUGUUUGGAGAUGAUGUUCUGGGUGCUUUAAACAUAGAAAUGGUGGAGGUAGCUCGAAGAGUAGGUGCUGCUUCAAAAUUCACAGGCAGUGGAGGAGCUGUUGUGGUAUUUUGCCCUGAGGGGCCUUCACAGGUGGAGCUUCUGGAGCUAAAUUGCUUUAAAGCUGGUUUUGUUCUUCAACCAAUUCAGGUGGCUCCUUCAUGCCUAAAUGAGGUUGAUCUUAAAACACUUUCCAGUUAAGACCUUGAUAGAUUGGUCAUUUAGGUUUGCUGAGGAAAACUUAUAGGAGCUUUUCUUUUGGACAGAUAUAUAGGAACAGAUAGACCUUUUUUUUUAUUUAUUUAUAUACUUUUUUUUAAGUACAGGAACGGUUAGACCUGGUAAACUGCAUCAAGUGUUUUUUAUGUUUUUGUUUUUUGUUUUUGUUUUCUUGAGAAAUUGGGAAGAGGAAUAGAAAUUGUUUAUUAGUUUAUUACUUGAUACA